AUGCCCGCUUCCGCUACGCAGACCAAGACAUGGUUCCGACCUAAGGGAAUGUUCACUGAUAGGGAGGUGGGCAUUAUCGUUAAUCGUGUCUUAAGAGAUGACCCUUCGAAGGGUGACAUGAACAACCGGGAAGGGAUCACCCUCCAACGACUGUGGGAGGUUUUUAAGGAGUAUGAUCUCUGGCCGAUGUACAUCUUGGGAAUUGUGGGGUUUAUUCCACAGGGCCCAGUCAGCGCAUACUGGACCUUGACGUUAAGGUCACUGGGGUUCAAUCCUUUCGUGACCAACCUACUAACCAUUCCUUCGACCAUCUUCCACAUCCUCAACCUGAUCUUCAUCACUCACCUCUCGGAACGCCUGGAUGAGAGAACGCUCGUGUCCAUGCUGAUGCCAUUAUGGACUCUUCCUUGCAUGAUUGCUCUCCGGUUUUGGCCUAGAUUGAUUGACGAUGCAUGGGGUACAUACGCGCUGAUCACGGUGCUACUGUCGUAUCCCUACUGCCAUGCGAUCCUAGCCGCUUGGACGUCCAAGAACGCCAACAACGUCGGGACCCGAACGGUUGCAUCAGCUCUGUACAAUAUCUCGGUCCAACUGGGCCACGUUUGCUACAGCUUCGCCUACCAAGACUACGACAAGCCAUAUUACCGGCAUGGUAACACCAAACUUCUGGCCGUCAACAUCUUGUCGAUUGCUCUUUUCCUCGCAACAAAGGCAUAUUACAUUUGGCGUAACAAGCAGAAAGACAAAAUCUGGGAUUCCAUGACUGAAGACGAGAAAAGCGAGUAUAUCAGGUGCAGCACGGACAAGGGGUGCAAACGGUUAGACUUCCGGUUUGCGCACUGA